AUGCAUCUGCCUACUUCUCAGCAACUCCUCACCAGCGGCCUCGCCCUGACCAACGUCUUUGCUGGCGACACCGUCUCCAAGGGCAAGGUCCUCGACUACGCCGUCGAGAAAUGCAUCGAUUCAGACGGCAACGUCCGCUGCUCCAAGCCCUUCCCCGUCAAAGAGGACGGCUGCUACCACCUGUCUUGGACCACCGACGGCACCCUUUCCCACACCACGGUCGAGGUGCGCGACGCCGGCUCCGGCGAGAUUGUCUACUACCGCGACACAAACGGCAACUGGAAGCCCGAGAAGAAUGAGCUCGUCUACCUCGAUUUCAAGCCCAAAGUCUGGAAGACAGGCAACGACACGGUCGAGUACGAGGUGACGAACUGUGAGAACAAUGAGUUGUAA